UGUUUUGAAAAGAAUACGCCGGAAGCUGUGUGUGACGCAGCGUUGUGGCGUCAACAACACUGAUCAGACGGACCCGCCGCGGCUCCUCUCGUCCAAGACUCGUUUUAAAUACACCACAGCACGGACUGCCCUUCGCCCAUCCACAGUACACCUGUGUGUGUGUGAGUGAGGAACAGAGUGUGUGUUUGUGUGUGUACUUGCACGCCUGCUUGACCCGACCGCGCGGUGUUGUUGAGGGUUGUGUAGGAGUGUGUGUGCAUCUGUGUUGCGAUGUCGGCGGAGCUUCUGGUGGACCUGGGCGAGGACGCGCUGGCCCCCGAGUUGGACCGCCUCAAGCUGUCCCCCCUGGAGGACCAGAAGUGGCCCCCGGAUGCGUUGGCCAUGAGCAACUCUGAGAUGGAGAUCUCUCAGAGCUUGGCCGCGGGCUCCCCCCACCUGGCCUGGGACCACCCCUUCUACGACAUCGCCAGGCACCAGAUCAUUGAGGUGGCAGGCGACGACAACUUUGGCCGGAAGGUGAUUGUGUUCAACGCCUGCAGGAUGCCCCCGCACCACGAGCUGGACCAUAAAAAGCUGCUGAUGUAUCUGAAGGGAACCCUGGACCAGUACGUGGAGAGCGACUACACGCUCAUCUACUUCCACCACGGGCUGACGGGCGAGAACAAGCCGUCCCUGAGCUGGGUGCGAGAAGCCUACAAGGAGUUUGACAGGAAGUACAAGAAGAACAUCAAGGCCCUGUACAUCGUCCACCCCACCAUGUUCAUCAAGACCCUGCUCAUUCUCUUCAAGCCCCUCAUAAGCUUCAAGUUUGGGAGGAAGAUCAACUACGUGAGCUAUCUCAGCGAACUUGAGGACGUGGUCAAGUGCGACCAGCUUGUCAUUCCCGAACGGGUCCAAGAGUAUGAUAACAAGCUGCGGUCGUCUCUGAAGCCGUCUGCCCAGCCCCCCAUGUCUCCUCCCCGCAGCCCCCCACUGCCAAACCAGCUGUUUGGGGUCCCCCUCGCUGUGUUGCGACAGAGAAGCCCAGAUUGUGAUCCAGUUCCUGUUGUGAUGAAGGACACCAUCAGCUUCCUGUCGGAGCGAGGUCUGGAGAUCGAGGGAAUAUUCCGGCGUUCUGCCAACGUCACGCUGGUGAAAGAGGUCCAGCUCAGAUAUAACUCCGGCGAGGCGGUGAGCUUCUACGAGAUGGAGGACUUCCACCUGGCCGCCGUCAUCCUGAAGACCUUCAUCAGGGAGCUGCCGGAGCCCCUGCUCACCUACCAGCUCUACAACGACGUCGUCAACUUCGCAGCUGUGCCCAGCGAGAACCAGGUGGCGGCCAUGAAGGCCCUGGUGGCGACCCUGCCCGAGGAGAACUACGCCACGCUCCGAUACCUGGUCACCUUCCUGGCACAGGUGGCGGACAACAGCGAGAUCAACAAGAUGACCAACAGCAAUCUGGCCGUGGUGUUUGGUCCCAAUCUGCUGUGGGGGCGGGACAACGCCAUGUCCCUCAGCGCCAUCGGACCCAUCAACAACUUCACCAGAACCCUGCUGGACCAGCAGCAUCUGGUGUUUGAGUAGAAAACCCCGCCCCCUUCUCUCCUCUGGCCAAUCAGCGUUGGUCUCAGAUAACAGCGCCUAGUCUCGAGAAAACCUGAUCCCCAGACCAAAUGUUCCAAGGGUACUUGUUCCUUGUAUCGCUUCGUCUGCAGCCCUGCUGUCGGGUGGACCAUAUGUCCUCUUAUCUGUUUUAGUAUUAGUUUGUUUGAUUUGGUAUUUUGUUGUGGUCACAAUUUGAAUUUGCAUUUGUUAGCCUUUUUUUUCUAUUUGUUUUAAAGUUUGUGCCAAAUAGCCGUAACCUCCCUCCCUUUCGGCAACGUGGUUUUGACAGAAGAUAACCACUCUGUUAUGACCUAAACCUAGUCUCAAUCCAUUGCCAGAGAACCCCUGUAGCCACUUCGCCUGGCUCAAUCCCUGAUGACCUUUGACCCCCGAGUGACCUUGAACCAGCCCCUCCCUACUUUCAUCUCCCCCCUGGACACUGUUGUUUAGGCAGCU